AUGGAGAGACAGCAGCAAGAGGAAGCAGGAGGUGACAGUCCCCCCCACAGAGACAAAAUAAACCAGGCCCCCACCACCCCGCAGCCACCUGCUGCUGCUGCUGCUGCUGCAGCAACAGCAGCAGCAGCAGCAACAACAGCAGCAGACAAUCCCACUACAAACGAUCCCAAAGAGGUGUGGGGUUUAAACACAAUCUGGGUGGAUGUCGAUAAACUAGAAAAAGAAACAACCCCGGGAUCGUCUCCUCCCCCCCCGGGAUCGUCUCCUCGGCUGCCGGGAUCGUCUCCUCCCCCCCUGGGAUCGUCUCCGUCUCCUCCUGUGGGGUCGUCUCCUCCGCUGCUGGGAUCGUCUCCGUCUCCUCCUGCGCUGCUGGGAUCGUCUCCUCCCCCCCUGCUGGGAUCGUCUCCACUGCUGGGAUCGUCUUUGUCUCCUCCCCCCCCGGGGUCGUCUCCUCCCCCGGGAUCGUCUCCUCCUCCGGGAUCGGCUCCUCCGCUGGGAUCGUCUCCUCCCCCCCCGGGAUCGUCUCCUCCUCUGCUGGGAUCGUCUCUGUUUGAUGCCUGUCGAUGGAAGGCUGCGCGACGAAGGGCCCCACAACUGGUAGAGGAGUUGCUGCAGGCGCAUGCACAGAGAAGAAACAAACUUGCUGCUGUUUGCUGCUGCCGUAGCAGCAGCAGCAACACCAGCAGCAGCAGCAGCAGCAACAACAGCAGCAGCAGCAGCAACAAUAGCAGCAGCAGCAGCACCAACGACAAUAACAACAGCAGCAACAACAACAAUAGCAGCACCAACAGCAGCAGCGACACCAGCAGCAGCAGCAGCAGCAGCAGCACCAGCAGCAGCACCAACAGCAGCAGCAGCAGCAGCAGCAGCAGCAGCAGCAGCAGCAGCAGCAGAAUGGAAGCAGAGGAUCCUGUGCUGCUGCUGCUGAUUGACGACACAAAUCAUCUCCCCUCCUUUAGGAAGCCUUUCUUUACCCUAGCGAGAAAAUGGGGUUGCGGGUUUAUCCAACAGCAGCAGCAGCAGCAGCAACAGCAGACUACCGCCGGCCAUCUUUUGCUGCUGCAGUUGUUGCUGCUCCUCUUGCUGCGCUGCAGCAGCAAAAACGCAUCACUGACCUUGCUGCUGCAUGCGCAGCAUUCAGCAGCAGCAGCAGCAGCAGCAACAGCAGCAGCAGCAAGAGUAGCAGCAACAGCAACAGCAGCAGCAGCAGCAACAGUAGCAGCAGCAGCAGCAACAACAACAGCAGCAGCAACAGCAGCAGCAGCAGCAACAGCAACAGCAACAGCAACAGCAGCAACGCCAGCAGCAACACUAGCAGCAACACCAGCAGCAACAGCAGCAGCAACAGGGGCAGCAGCAGCAGCAGCAGCAGCAACAGCAGCAGCAGCAGAUAUGGAGGGUGGCGCUCAUCACCAACACUUUGGAGGCUUCCAGGGGAUACAAACGAACGACUCCGUCUUCUAUACAAAGCUAUCCUCCUCGACAUAUUACCCUUUUGGGGGCCCCCCACUCCCCCUGGGGGCCCCCAGGGGGCCCCCAGCAGAACCCAGAGAGGAGCUCACGGGUGAGCUUUCGGCUGCAGCAGCAGAUGCAGCAGCAGCAGCAGAUGCAGCAGCAGCAGAUGCAGCAGCAGCAGAUGCAGCAGCAGCAAAUGCAGCAGCAGCAAAUGCAGCAGCAGCAGGCGCAGCAGCAACAAAUGCAACAGCAUCAGAUGCCGCCGGCGCAUCAGCAGUUCCUGCUGCUGCUGCAUCUGCUGCUCCUGCUGUUGCUGCAUCUGCUGCUGCUGCUGCUGCACCUGCUGCUGCUGCUGCUGCUGCAUCUGCUGCUGCUGCUGCUGAUGCGAGACUGCGGGGUGUCGUGCAUGCGCUGCUAACAGGCCCCGCCAGCAGACUGCCUGCAGGUGAGAGGCCCGCUAAACCCUAA